AUGGUUUUCAUUUUCAACUAUUCGUCCUUCCCUUGCAUUAUUAUUAUUCCUGCAGAAUAUAAUGACUAUGCGAUGCCCAUCCGCAGCAAGACCUUCACUGGCUGCUGGACCUGCCGUGCUCGUCAUGUCAAAUGCGACGAGGAGAAACCCCGAUGCCGCCGCUGUCGUCGCAAUAAUUGGUCCUGCCAGGGCUACAGCGUGCGCUUGGCAUGGACCUCCUCCGCGCCGCGUCGCCGCCUGCGACCUCCUGCUUUGAUGUCAUCCCUGUCCCCUGCUGCCGUGACGGCGUUCUUGACUGAACUGGACGACUGUGAGGGCUUAUCGGAGGCGCAUCGAGGGCCCUUCUCGGUGUUCUCCAUAUCGGGAACAUCGGAGGCUCGUAGCGUGUCACCCUCGCAGGAUGUCGGCCACAAUAGGGCGAGUACCAGUCCACCAGAGCGCGCCCUCUCGACGCUGUCUCAGCCAUUUUUUGUGGCUGAUGAAGAGGCCUUCUCGAUGCCCUCCCCAAGCCCUCCAGAACCCAUGCUCAAUCCCACGCCCCUUGCGCGUCGGGAGAUCGAACUCAUCCACCACUGGGUGGUCUUCCUCAGUGGCCAAAUGCUGCUCCUCGACCGACCUGACAAUCCUUGCCGCACUGUGUUCCUACCACUUGCGCUGCAAGGACUGUCAGGUCCCACAGAGGCGUCGACCAUGCCGCGCGCCGUCUUCCAUGCCGUCUGCGCCGCGUCCGCCUUCAGCCUGUUCCACCUGCGCGGCGAACCGCGCUUCCAGUCGAUGGCCAUCGUCCACGACCAGCAGGCACUGGGACACCUGCGUCGAACUCUACGACCGGGGACGCGCCUGGACGAGUCGACACUGGUUGCCGUGCUCGCCUGCAUCACCGCCGAGGCCAUGUCGGGCCGCCGCGGACGGUGGCGCACUCACGUCGCCGGCGGGCUGGGGCUGCUGGAGGACUCGCUGCGUGCUUCACGCGGGCUGCCGAGUGCGCGAGCGGCUCCGCUUUUGCAGAGCUACUUGUGCCUCUCGUCGCUGUGCCAUGUGCCGUUGUCCGCGCCGCUCGUGGCGCUGCUGGAUGGACCCCCAGCGCUGCAGCAUUACAUGGAGCGGUCGCACGGUGUCACCCCAUCCCUGGUGCAGUUCCUCGCCCAGAUCGGCCUGGGGCACGAUGGCGGGACAUCGGCUGUGUCGCGAACGGUAGCUGAGCUCGACCAGCUCGAACUACAGCUCUACUUACAGUUCCCGCGGAGUCCGUCUGCGCUGGACGAGGCCGAGUCGCGCGUUGUGCAGCACUCGCUUAACGCCUUCUACUACGCGACGCUGAUUUACUUCCGGCGCACACUGCGCCAUGCCCCGCUGGCGGACGUCCAGCAGCUGGUGGCUUUGGCGGUUGGGGAUCUAGAAGGAGCGGACGCCCUCACAGGGGAUCAUGGUGGCUGCGCGUAUAACUGGGCGGGUUUCGUGGUAGCAGCCGAAUGCGAGCAGCUGGAUCUGCAACAGCGCGUGCACCGUCUGUUUAAUCGCAAACGUCGCCAUGGAAUCAAGAAUAUCGACGGACUGUGGGAAAUUGUGCAGACACUGUGGCAGCGCCGCGGGCAUGGGGACGAGAGGUGCAUUGGGAGGAGGUAG